AGAAGUGCCUCUCUGCGUCCUGCUAGGUUGCAAGUUUCUAGGCUACAGGUGUAUGUAGUAAAGAGGGCGAAGUGUUUUAAGUAGUUUCCCUCUCUCUUGCAAGGACUGACGAAGGGUGGUUAAGAAUCUCUGGGGAAUCUGGAAAGAGGUUGAUUUCCCCUCCCCAACCCUCCGCCCUCUAGGUCUGCUAUGGACAAAAUCUGUGCCAUCUUUGGAGGCUCCAGGGGCAUUGGCAGGGGAGUGGCCCAGUUAAUGGCCCAGAAGGGCUACCGACUGGCCAUCAUCUCCAGAAAUCUAGAAGUGGCCAAAGCAACUGCCCGUGAGCUUGGUGUGCAUCAUUUGGCAUUUAGAUGUGAUGUUGCCAAAGAACAAGAUGUUCAGAAUACAUUUGAAGAGAUGGAGAAAAGUUUAGGUCCAGUUAAAUUCUUGGUAAAUUCAGCUGGACUUAACAGGAAUAAUCUUUUAGUAAGAACAGAAACUGAAGACAUGAUCUCUCUGCUUCAUACUAAUCUCUUGGGUUCCAUGCUGACAUGUAAAGCUGCUGUGAAGACUAUGAUCCGACAGCAGGGCGGGUCUAUAGUUAAUAUAGGAAGUAUUAUUGGCUUAAAAGGCCUGCCUGGUGAGUCUGCAUACUGUGCAAGUAAAGCAGGAUUGGUUGGAUUUUCACGUGCUCUCGCUAAAGAAGUAGCAAGGAAGAAAAUAAGAGUGAAUGUCGUUGAACCAGGAUUUAUUCAUACAGACAUGACGAAACAAUGGAAAGAAGAAGAUUUAAAGAAAAAUAUCCCUCUUGGGAGGUUUGGAGUGCCUAUUGAGGUGGCACAUGCAGUUGUGUUUCUUUUAGAAUCACCGUAUAUUACAGGACAUGUUCUAGUAGUGGAUGGGGGAUUAAAAUUGGCAAUGUAGUUGAUAGCUUAUUCAGUCAUAAUGGUGAUUAGAAUCAAGGGCAUAUAAUGAUAAUAAUAGUAAUAAUAAUAUAAUAAUAAUAAAUAAUUAACAAAAUUGUAAGAUAAGAUAGCAGGGGUGUAAUUCUAUAUAGUUCCAACCACCGGAGACUUGGAGAUUGGAAGUUUCCCAAAAUUAUUUAUGGGGUGUAGAAGGUGAAAGAUACGGCUUCUGUAAUUGCUUCUCUGCUUGCCACGCCCCACUCAAAUCUAGAACGAUGGGUCUGACAGGGUCAGCACCCCGGAAAACUCUCUUCAAGGAAGAAGAAUUCUGGGAGUGGGUCUUGGCAUCCUGAGCAGAUCUAAACUGGAAACUCUGAUUAUUGUUUUCAUUAUGUACAUGGUAAUGAUGCCGUGUAAUCGGGGACAAACAGCCCCUGUUCCCAGAUUAGAUACAGAUGAACAGGAAAUGAGGUGGACAAAGUUAUGGGUCAUCAAAUACAUAAAGUUUUAGGAAAAAUUCUUAGUAAUACUUACCUCCUCUUAUGAAAUAAUGUUAAAACUCUACAUAAAAUACUAUCUGCUAAGCCUAUUACUCAGAAAUGCAUCACCCCAUGAAGUAAGACAUUUCUGUGUAAAACCGCAAAGCCAUCUAAUCAAGAAAUGAACUUUACUUUCUGUUCCAGAUAUUGUUUAUGUAAGACUAAAAGAUAUGUAAACUCUCACUUGCUGAAUAAAAAUGGAGCUCAGAUUCACCCUCCAA